GCGGACACCGUGCGGCCAAACCGAACUGUCAAGCUGCAACAGGAGCACUGCGCCGAGUACCAACCAGCUCGACCGAGACACCCGGAAGGCACGAAAGUCAAUUCGAGAGAGCAGCAUGAAUCGCUUUAAGACCUCCAAAUUCAAAAAUACCACUCCGAAAAUUGCCAAGAAAGACGGAUGGAUCAACAAUGUCCGAGCCGGUUCCUUCUCCUGCCAGGGGAACCACAUCAAAGCGAGCUCCAAGCUGGUGGCCUUCAACACCGAGCAGGCCGGCGGAGGCAUGCUGGGCCUGUCCUCCCUCAAACCCGGCUCAGAUGGCCAAUGGACAGUCACGCAGAUCUCCUGCCAUUCUGAUCUGGUGACUGAUAUGGACUUUUCUCCGUUCGAUGAAAGUCUCCUGGCAACGUGCUCCGGAGAUGAAACGGUGAAGUUGUGGCGUUUGUGUGAUCCAGAGCUGCAGCCGCCCAGCAGUCCGGAGCUGACCUUGCGUCCAGGUCAGGGCAGGCUGGAGCUGGUGCUUUUCCACCCGACCUCCUCCGGCUUGCUGGCCGUGGGGGCCACCAAGGUCCCCCUGAUAUGGGACGCGGGCCGCCAGGACACACCACUAGCAGUUCUGGAGCAGCACGGUGACCAGCUGCAGAGUCUGAGCUGGAAACCGGACGGUUCCCUGCUGGCUUCCUCCUGCAAGGACAAGAUGCUGCGAGUGUUUGACCCCAGAGCCCAGCUGACACCUGUUCAGAGUGCCAAGAGCCUCCAGAACAACAAGGAUUCACGCAUCCUGUGGGCUAAAGACGAUCUUUUACUCACCACCGGCUUCGACAUGAUGCGCAGUCGGGAGGCGAGGCUCUGGGACAGCAGGAAGCUGAGCUCUUCGGUCGGCUCCGCGUCACUCGGCACCUCCAACGGGAUGCUGAUCCCUCUGUUCGAUGAGGACACUGGGCUGCUCGUACUGGCUGGAAAGGGAGACACGGCGAUCGAUUGCUUCGAAGUAUCUGCGUCCGAGCCUUUCUUCUCGCAAGUGAGCCACUGCCUGACGGACACCUCAACGCGCGGCGCCGCCGCGGUACCCAAGGCGGCGUUGGAUGUCCUGUCCUGCGAGGUGAUGCGUGUCCUCCAGCUGACGGACGGCUGCAUUGUGCCAAUCAGCUAUCAAGUCCCUCGCAAGAAUUCAAACCAGGAGUUUCACGAAGACCUUUACCCGGACACAGUGGGCACGACUCCAGCCAUGUCUGCCGAGGAGUGGUGGGAGGGAGGGAACAAGCAGGUGGAGAAGGUCAGCCUGAAUCCAGACAAACAGCACAAAACCAAGGCUGCGCCAGCGAAAAAGAAGGAGCCGGCCAGUGGAGGGAGCAAGGAGGAUCCGGCCCGCGGCUGCUCCACCUCCAGCAGUCCCCUGAGCACUCCCAGCAGCAGCGCCGCCGCGUCCCGCUCUCCAUCCUCCGCCUCCGGUCUGUCCUCCAGCUUCCUCCCCAGUCCCAGCCCUGGUCCCAGCCCGAGCGCCAGGCCCAUCCAGAGCAUGCUGGGGCAAACCUCGAAGCUCCGUCACAUCCAGGGAGCAGUGAUGCACCGGACGACGCACAUCACCAACCUGCGUGGCCUCAACCUCACGACACCAGGGGAGUCCAACGGCUUCUGUGUCAACCGCCAACGCGUGGCAGUGCCCCUCGCCAUCUCCGGGGGCCAGAUCGCCAUAUGUGAGCGCUCUCAGCCUGGAAGGCUACCCGACACGGCCCUGCCCACCAUCCAAAACUCUGUCAAUGUGGUGGACUUGUCCUGGGACCCCUUUGACCCCCACCGGCUCGCCGUGGCUGGUGAUGAUGCAAAGAUCCGGGUGUGGCAGGUGCCAGAGGGAGGGCUGAAAGAGACCCUGACUGAGCCUGAGGUCCUCUUGCAAGGCCACACAGAGAAGAUUUACUCCAUCGAGUUCCACCCUCUGGCCAGCGGAAUCCUGGCGUCUUCAUCCUACGACCUCACAGUCAGACUGUGGAACCUAGAGGCCGAGGAACAGGUCAAGCUCCUCACCGGACACCAGGACCAGAUCUUUUGCAUGGCGUGGAGCCCAGACGGCAAGCUGCUGGCCACAGUGUGCAAAGAUGGCAAAGUUCGCAUCUACGAACCCCGCAAGUCCACUGCACCUGUGCAGGAGGGCACAGGUCCUGAGGGCCACAGGGGAGCUCGUGUGGUGUGGGUGUGUGAGGGAAAGUACCUGUUGGUGUCAGGAUUCGACAGCCGCAGUGAGAGACGACUCUCCCUGUACUCGGCUGGCUCCCUGUCCUCUGGAGCCAUAGCCGCCACCAACAUAGACACCUCUCCCUCCACUCUCAUCCCUUUCUACGACCCCGACACCAGUGUGGUCAUCCUCACCGCAAAAGGCGAUACACGAGUGCACAUUUAUGAGAUUGCAGCUGAAGAGCCGUACUUUAUGGAGUGCAGCAGUUUUAACUCUCCUGAGCCACAUAAGGGCUUGGCCUUUCUGCCCAAGUCGGAGUGCAACGUGCGCGACGUGGAGAUCGCCGUGGGGCUCAUGCUCACCAAGACCGCUGUCGAGCCGGUGGCCUUCAGAGUGCCGCGGGUCAAGAAAGAGUUUUUCCAGGACGACUUGUACACCGACACCGCUGUCUGCUGGGAACCAGCGCUGACUGCCGCCAGCUGGCUGUCGGGCUCCAACGGCCAGCACAAGAAGAUCAGCCUGAAGCCUGCAGACAUGACACCAUUGAGCGAGGCCCCCAAAGAGGCUCCGGUGAGGAAAUAUCUGCCCUCGUCAGUUUACCUGGAGGAGAAGACUGAUGAACAGAAGAAAGAUGAGCUGCUCAGUGCCAUGGUGUCUAAGCUGGGGAACAUGGACGACCCGCUGCCCCAGGAUUCCUUCGAGGGGGUCGACGAGGACGAGUGGGAUGACUAGAGCCAUCUCGCCUUUGGUGCAAUCGCCGGGUCCAACAGCAGAGAAGACCUACUGUCGAGGUCACAACGCCAUACACGGGUCUUCGGAGCUUAAUCAGCAAACAUCUCAUCCCAACGGAACGCACAAAAAAUACUGUACAAUGUGAAAGUUAAAAAAGAUGUGGGAAAACAAUGACAGUAACACCCUUUGAUAUCAGUAUUUAAAACGGUAUCGGUGUAAAUGUUUGGAAAAUCAGAUGCCAUGUUGUCUAGUUGGGUGUUUAUCAUAUAAGACUGCACAAAACUGGAUAUGAAAAUACAUACACAAAAAUCUGUCUUUGAUUAAUAUGACACAGUAACUGCUUUGUUGUGGUAAUGCAGACAAAAAAACGUCACUAUUCACAAUAUUUUGAAAGAUAUCCCACCGUGCCAAACGAGAAAAUAGUCCAUUUAAAUCUUGAAUCACGACUGCUCACACAUUUCUAUUAAACCAGGGCCGAACAAUACGCUUAUUUUAAAUGGAUGAGUACCGCUGCUUGCUUUUUUUUACUGGCCUGUAUUUGAGCACGCUCAUUCACAAAUGUGUCUUUGAAGGACGAAAUGUUGUCAUUGAUCGCAUUGCAUGAGUGAAUCUCUCGUCUUCCUGUUUAAUCGGUGAACCACACACAUGGUUACUGUAACACAGUUCAAGCCUUCAGAAGCAGAAACGCCACUGAGGUUCAUGUUGGGCCAUGAAAUGGGAACAACAUUCAGUUCACUUCUUCUUUGUUAGCCAAUGAUACAAUGAAAUGCAAUUAACAGUUUAUGUGUACUUUGUAGAAUUGUUUAAAUGUUUUUCCAUGCGGUAGUCUUACAAUAGUCUUAUAACCAGGGGUUAAAGGUUAAUGAAAAUCAGAUGAUACGCAUUGAAAGCCAAACCACCUUAUUUUUGGUGUUUUUAGAGGGGCCUUUGUAUACUUUAAGAUGAGUAUUUCAUGUCUUUCUUUUUUUUAGCUGGUUAACUUUGUAUAAUGAUCUUGGUUGUCAGAAUGUUUUUACGGUAUAUUCCUUACUUCAAUGAGCUAAUUUUCUAAUCAAAUGUUAACAAUAGGAAUUAAGAAACAAUGGUUUUAAUUUACCAAUAACAGUACAGUAUUAAUAACGUAUGGCAAAAUAGCCAUAACUGGUAUCAUGUAAUCUCCAAUUAAGUCUUGAGCCGAACAUUUGUUAACAACCGGACUGAAACAAACCAUCAUUUCAGUCAUGCCUGGUUGUGCCAAUUGUGUUGAACAGGUGAUCUGCCAUACUUUCUAAUAUUUGGAUUGAAGUAACUGCCUUCCAUUGUGUUGAAAAAAAAGCCUUCCUUUUUAUACACCGAGUAUAGCAUUGUUGUUGUUUCGUCUGUCGUACUUGAGGAAUGGUUUGGGGAUUUUUUUCAAUAUUGUCUUGCAAUAAACACACAUUUGAACCAAAUA